ACUCCUCACACCUGAGUUGGAUGCCGAGUGCCUCGCUCUCCAUCAGUCCUGGCUUGGAUAGUACUAGAGUGGUGUGCUCGAGCUACACAACCGCGAGCCCCGCGAGUCGCUCGGGCUUUUCACGCGCCAACCACCGACCUAACGCCAAGGAGAGAGAAGGAGGGAAUAGAGAACGAGAGGCGAGGCGCUUCCUUUCGCGAGUCUUCUUCACGAAGCUCCCUUUCUGCCGGCGUUGCCCCUCUGCUAUUGAGGCUGUGGUAUGAGCCUAUGUGGCAGGAAGGCGCUAACGUUGCUGAGCAGCGUGUUCGCUGUUUGCGGGCUCGGCCUGUUGGGGAUCGCUGUAAGCACCGACUACUGGCUGUACCUGGAGGAGGGAGUCAUCCUUCCUCUGAACCAAAGCACAGAGAUACGCAUGUCCCUCCACUCUGGACUCUGGAGGGUUUGUUUCUUGGCUGAGAAACAACCCUCCAGACAAGUGUUAUCCCACAGUAAACCAGGGGAGGAGAAAGGACGCUGUUUUACCAUUGAGUAUGUGAUGCCCACCAAUGUCCAGAUGACCUCUGAGUCCACUGUUAGUGUCCUGAAGAUGAUUCGCUCUGCUACGCCCUUUCCUCUGGUCAGCCUCUUCUUCAUGUUCAUUGGUUUUGUGCUCAGUAACAUCGGUCACAUUCGACCACAUCGCACCAUCCUGGCCUUUGUUUCUGGAAUCUUCUUCAUUCUGUCAGGUCUGUCACUUGUUGUUGGUCUGGUGUUGUAUAUCUCCAACAUUAAUGAUGAAAUGUUGAACAGGACCAAAACUAAUGAAGCCUACUUUAGCUAUAAGUACGGGUGGUCCUUUGCCUUUGCUGCCAUCUCCUUCCUGCUCACAGAGACGGCAGGUGUCAUGUCAGUGUACCUGUUCAUGAAACGCUACACAGCAGAGGAAAUGUACAGGCCCCAUCAGGGCUUCUACCGACCUCGCCUCAGCAACUGCUCAGAUUACUCCGGCCAGUUCCUCCAUCCAGAUGCCUGGGCCGGACGUGGCCGCAGUCCCUCCUCCAUCUCCUCAGAGGCGUCCCUGCAGAUGAACUCCUCCAACUACCCUGCCCUUCUCAAGUGUCCAGAGUAUGAACAAAUGUCAUCCUCACCCUGCUGAGGCAGAGGACGAGGGAUGGUGUUAGCACUGUUGGGGUCAUUUUGAUCUGCCCAAAGCUAGACGUAAUACGGUCAUAUAAUUUGAUAUAAUCCAGGUUGCAGUCUUCACUUGAAGUGUUCUAUGAACUGACUCUCUUUACCCUCUCUACUGGCAGUUUUUAUUUACACCUUUUGGUUUAGUAGGGAGUCAAACUAAAGUUGAAGAUUAACCACUUUGUUCCCAGUCUUGGGGAGCUGUUAGAGACGAGAGAGGAAAUAGUCCGAGUAGGUGGUACUUUGCUUUUCCUCUAGUUUUUAGUGAUAAAUGACUAGCCAGCUGCUGAGUUUGUAAUUUGAACUGGAGAAGAAAUGAUGUGUGAUGGAUGCAGAGUCUGCUGGUUUAACCUCAAAAACAGCCAGAAGGCUGAAACUAAUCUGUAAAUCAUGCAGAAGAAACUCAAUGAUGAUCAUUAAUCCUUUCCAUAGUUUGAAAAUGGAAUCAUUGACCAAAAAGAGCUAUGGAGUCAAUCGUGUUAAUAGAAAAUUUGCUGCAGCUCCAUUCUUCGACAUAUUGUACACGUGCAGCAGCUGUGUCUGUGUACACAAGCAAGUUUUACUCACGUGCUCAGUCUCUAAUUAAGGCAUUUCUCAGCUGCAGAGCGCUGCGCUCUGUCUGUGGCGAUGUACUGUAGGUGUUCUCACACACAUCGCAACUGUUUGAGAUGUGUUUAUGUGAGUCAGGAGCACAAAUUUAGCUUAAACUUUUUCAUGUUGAAGUGAGAGGUUAUGAAACACGUAAUUUUUACCGUUCAAUUAAGUUGACCAACUAUUUUGUAAACAAACUCGUGGAAUUACGCUGGGAAAAUUGGGCUGAUUGUAGUUGGUAUUUAACUCUCUAUAUGGACUUAUAAACUUGGCUUUUCCCACCCAUCGUGUAUUUCUGUAUCACAUGUAACAUUUUGUUGAUCACACUGUCCUUUGGUUAACAUCUAGAAAUACACAUUUUUCUUAUCUAAAUCUAUUGUGUACAGCCCAUUUAGUGUUAUGAAGCCACCAAAUCUUUUCUAAACUUUUUAAGCUACAUAGUAACUGAAAGACCUCUCUUUUUUGUAUUUAAAUACAUUAUAUGUGGUUAAUCUUCAUUUGAAGGUUUAUUUUGAUUAGUCUCUCUUAGCAGUAAAAGCACCAAAUGAAAGGUUUGUAUUAUAGACUGCUAAUCCGCAUAUGUUGGGUUGAACAUGUCAAUAACUAUGAAGUCUUUGUGUGUUUUGUUGCAUUCUUUUGAAGGGAGCAGAAAACAAAAUACUUUAUGUUAUUACUCCAGACACACCAGGUAUAACAAUGCAGCUUUACAGCUUUAGUGACUCAAACAGUACAGAAAAACAAUCCCUUGAUACUCUCAGAGAACUUGUGGUUCCUGUGGAAAGUGGUCUCCUUAGCACACAGAUAAAACUCUAAAAAGAGAACAAACAUGUGCAACACUGUUUCAUUGUUGUAGUCAAAUUAUACCAUUAUAAGUUUAAAUAAGAUGACGAAGUCAAUGGAUAGAAAAUGCAGUUUGAGUGAUCACAUAUUUAUUGUAGAAUGUGAAUGAGUCAGGUGGUAUGAAAUACUAUUUUCAUAUGGAGUCAUGGUGAAUGUAAAAUGUGCCGAAGGCAACAGUUCUAAAUGAGAUUUCUCUGCAUAUAGAGUACAACACUUCUCUUAUAGGAAUAUAUUAACCAAAAUUAUAGAAGCAUAUUUUUUUAAUUUACUCCCUAUUAAUAAUAGAAUAUUCUUCGAUGCUCAACAGCAGUCCUUAGAGCGCCAUGGGAGAUGCUCUUUGUGAGUUAAGAGACAGAGUAUUGAAUAUAUACAUUUCAUGCAGCAUUAAGUAUGAGAAAACAUAUGACAGAGAUACAUUUUGUCUUGUGCCAUAAUUUCAUGUUACUUUGAUAUGUUUAUGAAAUGAUGAGUAUUGUCAGUAUGUAAUGUCGCAUGUUGUGAACUCCACAUAAUAUUAAUGGCAUGCAACGUUUCAUCACUGGAUCACGCUGUUCCACCUGCACAGCAAAGUACUUAAAACAUGAACUGUGCCAAGUUAAAUUUUCAGUUCCACCACUGCUUUGUUACAGUAUAUAUAACUGUUAAGUUCUGUUUAUUUUAAACACUACAAAUAUGAAGUGAUCCGUGUGUGUAUAUAGAUUCGUUUUUUGCCUAGACGACAGUAAAUGUAAAAACUAUGUUUGUUCUUUUGCUUGGUGUGUUCAUCUGCAGUAUAUUUGACAGCCUCCUGCAUCACAUUAAGAAUGUGAGCUUUUGCAUAAUGUUCUGCUUACAUAAGUGUAAAGUACUCCAAUGGUGACAUAGUCAGACAUAAAAUGUCAAUAUAUGUGUAUUUUUACAAUGAGUCAUAUUCAUGAUGUUAAAUGUGCAAUGAGCCAUGUAUACUCAAUGAAAUAAAAUUAAUGGGAUUUGAUAAUCACUGA